AUGUCCGAGAAGAUGUCCGUCGAUAAAAAAGAUCCGUCCAAGGAGGAUAGCGAAGAGUCCAUGGAGUCAAGCCCCGAGGGAGAGGCCUCUGCUGUCCCACCACAGCCACAGGCCGAUAGCCAACAACCAAAGAGAAAAGGGGGUCGCAAGCCGAUAUACGCUACAUCAGAGGAACGGAAGCAGAGAAACCGUCAAGCUCAGGCAGCCUUCCGAGAGCGCCGGACCGAGUACAUUAAGCAACUGGAGGAAGCCAUCCGGACCCAUGAGCAGAACCUAGCCAACCUCCAGGCUGCUCAUCGUCAUGCCGCCGAUGAGUGUCUGAUGCUGCGUUACAAAAACUCCCUUCUGGAACGCAUUCUCUUGGAAAAAGGCAUUGACGUACAGGCCGAACUUCGUGCAAAAACCGGCAGCCCGAAUCUUGGCCCAACCCAUGUGCCUCAAAACAUGGUGCCGCCGCCGCCAAUUCAGCGGGCCAUUCUGAACAGACACCAUGCUCGCAGAUCGGCUUCGGGCAUUGCGCCGAAACUCGAGCCGGGGAUUCCUGUGUCUCCGCUACCUCCUCCGAUGCACGCUUUGUCGCCCAAGAACCGGCAGACCCCGUCAUCGCAUUCGGCCUCGCCGAGUGGGACGACGUCCUUUGGUUCACAACAUGGCGCCUCUCCCGCUGCGUCGGAUCACCUGAACGGGUCCCUCCGGCCAUCUAUGCCGCCUGUGCCGGGGAUGAAACCAGCACCACCCUCACAUAUUGCACCCAUUCAUGGCCUGCCCGGACCUCGACAAAUGCAUAUUCCUGCUCUCCAACAACAAGGAACUAAUCACGUACCACGAGGAAGCGUUCCUGGGAGCGCUACCUCUUUCUACCCGACGCCUUCCUUCCAGAAUCACAUUGAGCAGCUCGAACAGGAAUAUGAUGCCGCCGCGGAUAUGAUGGAUGAGACAGGCGAUGCCCCGGAUACGCCACAGGGACCCGGUCCAUAUCCCGGGCCAGCUUAUGCCGGCGAGCCCCAGCCGAUGUCUCUCUCAUCUCCGGUCACAACAGCACCCCCGGGUGCUCAAUCGACCGCCGGCCAGUCACCCAUCGAAAAUGUCACCCAUACUCAGCAUCCAACGUACCCGUCGAUGACGCAGUUGCUAGACCCGAGCUACGACUUUGAUCCCUUCGGACUGAGCGCAAGCAUGGCCUUUCCCACUCAAUUCUCGUUCGAUACCAGCAACAUGCGGUGA